AUGCUCCUAAACGCCACCGUCCCUCUGUCGGUGGACUUCAAUACUCCGGAGGACUUCCUCAUCUUCACCUUCCAUGUCCUGUUCGCCACCAGCGCCGUGCUCGUCGCCGGCUCGGUGGUGAUCGGUAUCUCCUCCACUCGGUCACUGCGGGGCCAGAACCGCUUUAUAUUCAUGCUGAACACGAGCAUCAGUGACACACUGACAGGCUUCUCCGUUUACUACCUCGGCCUCUUCGACGUGCAGGAGGGAUAUCCCUCCAGAAACGGAACAUUUUAUAUUCUACCCUCAUUCCUGGGGGUCAACGUGUUGACUUUCCUUUUUGCGCAGUUUGACCGCUACUUCGCCGUGUGCCACCCGUUUUUCUACAACCGCUACAUCACGCGCUGCUGCGUCAUAGGGAUUUGCGUGUUUUGCUGGACUUACACGUACACAAUCCUCACCGUGCAGAACAUGGUGCCAAUUUCAAAGGCGGCUCAAAUAAACGCGUUCGGGGUGAUGACUCUGCAGAUUAUUGUUGUCGUUAAGCUGCUGAUGACAGUUAAAUUAUACAUCAUCGCCAGGAAUCAACUGGCGAGGGAGGCGCCCAGCGCGGACAGAGACAACAAGAAGGAGUCGCUGCGCAUCAUAGUAUUUGUGGUUAUUUGCUUCUUGGCUCUUUGGUGUCCGUCAUUUGUAAAUAUUAUAGUCAGACAGUUGACUAGAAAAGGUUUGAUGUUUAGGAAUGAGGCCACUAACCUGUUCGCCACCAUGGCGCGUUUAAACGCGCUGGUCACACCUGCUCUGUACAUCUGGGGCAGCCCGGCGCUGCGGAGUGCAGUGUGGAGGACAGUGUGGCGGAGGGUCUGUCCCAUGUGGAGGACAAGGUUUCUCUCCAGAGUUGGUUUCACCACUGAUGGAGUGACAAACAAACCAUGAAGCAGCAUCUGCAUCACCGCAUGCACGAAGAUGAACUGCACUGCACACGACUGCAACACGAACCUGCACAUAGAGAAAAAUGGUUUUACUGUAUGUGAAAUGAUGAAUCAAAGGUGAAAGAAAGACUGAACGGUUUAAACUUGAUGACAGAAAGUUAAUAACACGUUUUAGACAUAUCAUAAACGAUGUUAACUGAUUAAUUAAAUUUA